CAUUACGAACGGCUGCGUAGACGGCGCAGCAGUACAGUGGCUGUAGCAGCAGACAGUUUGUCGUUAUCCGCUUGUCUGUGCUGAAGUCUUGUGCAGUGGUUGUUUGGUCAACAUUGUUCAGCAAAGAGCGCUGAGGAAAACUCCCGGUUAACAGCGUGAUAUUUCCCAGGGCAGCACGAUGUCUUUGAACACCGCUCAUGCACCGGGCGGCGUUCUCAUCUUCAAAGGAGAGUUCAUUCUGCUGUACUGUGACGGAGUGGAGCUGACGUUCGAGGGUCCGGAUGCCCACCAGUUCCAUGGCACCAGGAAGGGGCGCAUCUACCUCACCACGCACCGGAUGGUGUUCACCAGCAGCAACAGCAAGGACUUCCUGCAGUCAUUCAGCUUCCCAUUCUUCACCAUGAGCAACCUCGGACUGGAGCAACCCAUCUUUGGCGCAAACUACAUCAAGGGCAUCGUCAAGGCUGAGCAGAACGGGAACUGGACGGGCAAGUGCACCUUCAAGCUGAAGUUCAUGAAGGGCGGCGCUAUCGAGUUUGGCCAGGCCAUGAUGGAGGCUGGCAAGAGCGCGUCCCAGCAUGCAAAUGGAAUGGCUCCCCCGCCAUACUUCCCACCUCCGGGUCCGUACUACUGUCCGCCUCCGCCUGCAUACAGGCCGGAACACGGUGCUGACUACGGCUUCAACAUACCCUACAACGUGUUUCCUGAUGCUCCUCCAGCCAACUCGGUCUUCAUGAGCGACAUGCCGCCUCCAUACCCGGGUGUCAAUGGUCCCCCCCAGUACUACCCGGGUGGCUACCCAGCGGGAGCGCCCCCGAGCUACCCCAACGGAGCUAUGCCACCCAACGGUCCCGCACCUGCACCGGGUUUCAAUGUGCCCCAGGCUGGCGGCUACUCCGGGCCCCCUCCCACCCAGCCGACCGGACCAUACCAGUCGGCGGGAGCCAUGGCCAAGGCGGUCGAGGCAUCGCAGAGUUCGGCUUACUACAACCCGGCCAACCCAGGUUAUAUGUAUGUGCCGGCAGCACCUCCGCCAUCCUUCGACCAGGCCAAUGCCAGUGCACCACCGCAGCCAGAAGGGCCGCCGCCGCCUUACUCCGAGGGUUCCAAGAAGACAAACUGAGGGCGAGUAAAAGAACAGACAAGAGGAACACAUCGGGGCUUGUAGCUUGGCUGCUUCUAGGUUUCCAGCACUCAUUUGCAGAUACUUGUGCCAGUAGAAGGCACUAGUAGCCACCCCUGCUCCUUUAGUGAGGCUCUCUUGGGCGUUGCCUGCGCAAGAUGAAGUGGACCAGUUUUCUUGUUUUUUGUUUAACUCUAAAUUCGAAAUGCAUGGUACAUGGAUAACAAGGUACUCGCACCCCACCCCCUCAAAAAAAAAGAAAAAGAAUGAGUUCUAGCAAACACUCAAGUUGCGAACCUUUUACUUUUUAUACAGGGUCCUGAAUAUUUGGCUGCACAUGUUAAAAAAAAGAUUUUGCACUCACCGCUGCACUGUUCCUGCUGAAAUUUUGCAGAACGAUCGCAUUUUGGUGUUGACUUCGUUUAGUAUAACAAUUGACAUGGUUAAUUGCCUGGUUUCUAAGAAAAAAGUGGUAAUUUGCAUGCACUUAUGGGGAUGCUAGCUGCUGCCGCAACGGCACAAGCAUAAACUUGUGUCGCCUACUGUCAUCAUCUGCAGAAAGCAGCAUUUGAGGGAGGGCAGUAGCUUGCUCCAGGAACGUGCAACACGCGGCAGGCCUCUCUCAAAUGUUGCUUUCUGUAGAUGACGGCAGGUGGGGACACAAGUCCUGUGCCAGGGCCAGCUUUUAAGAUGCCAUUUUUACCCGAAAAUAGCUUCUCAUUUUUGUUUUUAAAAACAGGCGACUAAUCCUGCCAAGUGUUAUACUAAACGAAGUCGACGCCAAAAUGCGAUCAUUCUGCAAAUUUCAGCAAGAAUAGUGUUGCGGUAAGUGCAAAAUGUUUUUUUUAACACACGCAGCCAAAUAUUCAAGACCCUGUACUGUUAACAUACAGAGCAAGAAAUGCUUGCAUAGACCAGUACUUGCUAGGCUCAUUUGUGGCACUUUGCGUCUUGGUAUGACAUUACUGACAAAAUGUUGCAUAUUGGUGUACUGUUUCUGGUCAUGUUUACACUCUAUAUAUAGGUGUAUGGUUUUAAGUAAUAAAAGAUGUUUAUGAUAGUUC